AAGAGUUGUGGCAAGUGGUUGCUCGACAGGUGGUUUAUUUGGAACAUUCGAGCUUUUGCAUAGCUCAUCAGAUAGCGAAUCUUACUGCAGAGACAACAAAAUUGAAGAAAAAUGUACGGACAACCAGGCAACCCACAGCCAGGCUAUGGGCAGCCAGCUCACGGCCAGCCAGGGCAACCUAAUUAUGCCUACGGUUACGCGCCGGGUCAACCCCAGCAAGCACCACCUCCUUACUCUGCUGCCGGUGGGCCGGCUACGCAACCAACUGCUACCACUUAUACCUACGAUUAUGGAACACCCAUCAACCAAGAUGGAGAUGAUGAUGGAGGAGGAAUUAUGUCCUCUGACUUUGGUGAAAAGUCUGUUCGAGCAGCAUUUCUACGAAAGGUAUACUCAUUACUCUGUGGCCAGCUGCUGAUUUCUAUUGGCAUUGUCUGUCUUUUCAUCUUUCAUACGCCAACAAAGGUUUUUGUAAAGCGACAUCCUGGAACAUUUUAUGCAGCAUGGGGUGUCACAUUGGUAAUAAUGAUUGUUAUUGCUUGCUUCGAAAAACCAAGGCGAAAGUUUCCACUGAAUCUCGGAUUGCUUGGAUUAUUUACCUUGGCUGAAGGCUAUCUUCUUGGCGUCAUUUCUGCCUUCUACAAACGCGACGAAGUGCUUUUGGCAAUGGGAAUCGUAGCUGUUGUCUCGCUAGCAAUCACGAUUUUUGCUUUCCAAACCAAGUAUGAUUUCACGAUGAUGGGUGGCUGUCUUUUUGUGGCCUUGAUAAUUCUCAUCUGUUUCGGAUUCCUCACGAUUUUCUUCUACAGCCGAAUAAUGUCGCUGAUUUACGCCUGCCUGGGGGCUUUGAUCUUUGCUAUGUACCUCGUUUUUGAUACACAAAUCAUGAUGGGCGGUGGGAAGGCCUAUUCAAUUUCACCUGAAGAGUACAUCUUUGCGGCUUUGAACCUGUACAUCGAUAUUGUCACGUUGUUCAUUUACAUCUUGUCAAUCAUCGGCCUUGCAAGAGCAGACUAGAAAAUCGACCAUUUGAAGAAUCGGAAAGAACCGUGUAGAAAAAAUACAAGCUGAAGUUAACCAAAACGGAAGUUUGUCUUAAUGUUUCUCAUUGACUUCUAUCUGUCUGUCUUUUUUAUCUGAAUGACUUUUUAUCUGUCUCUCAUUCUUUUGCUGAAAAAUUCUUUGUUGAUAAGUUCUAGAACCAAUAAUUGCUCGACAAAUAAAAAAGUAAAUAAAAACUUAUAUUAGACUUUAGACUUUAGUUGAUUUCACAAAACAAAAACGAAAGUUAGCUUGCAUUUAACUGUUGUGCCAUUUAUUAAAAGCAAGCUCUGCUCCGGCCUACCUUUUCACAAAUAUCUCAAGGAUCUUGAGCUUUGGAGUGAACCACCCUUUCUUUUAAUCAUUUCCUGUUAUAAGGAACAUGCCUGAUAUCAUGAAUGGCAAGAAAAGCCGUUUUCCUAUUUCACAGAUUAUUUGGCUAAACCGAGGCCAAUCAUGACGUUAUCGGUUUUUCUUGACAAUGCUUCUUGUUUUUAUCCAUUUCUUAAGUGUAUUCCAAAAACAAGUACCAAUUUGUACACAAUGUGUUCUUAUAUACCUUAAAAAAUAGGGUGGAUAUCAAGACGAGUAUCUCUUGCCCCUUGAGUGGUACCAACUCAAGCAAAAGCCAAUCCCGAGAGUUGUUUUUAUAACUUCGAUAGAAGUAACAAGACCUUUAUUGAUAUAGACAAUGGCGUAAUUUGAGUAAAAACUACCGAUGAAGACAUACAACUUAGUCCCAAUUUCACCUUCCUUUAGACUCUUUCACCUCCAGACAACAAUUUUGCCAAAUAAGCAACGUGUUUGCCAAGCAACUGUCCAGAAAUUAGAGUGAUAGAGUGGGACCACUUUAUGGAGGAGGGCAUCUGCUGUCCACGUGAUCAUUUUGUCACAAGUAUUUUUGUAUGUUGUGCUUCUUUGUGUGAAGCUAAAAUUUAUAUCAUAAAGACUUUAAUUUUAAAACAGAGCUCUAACUUGUCUUGGUUUGAAAUUCAAAAAGACAGAAUUAACUGGCUGGCUAGCAACUUCUUUGGAUCUUUCCUUAUCAUAUUGUGAUUGAUUCUUCUUAAUAACGAGAAGGUUGGAAUUCUGUAAGAAAGAAUUCCACAGACGCCUGUAAUGUUACACAUUCAAGUCAUCAAAGUUCAAGGCUACGUUGAAAACCAGAUGGUUAUAAGGGCACAAAUUUUUCAUCUUCAUCUGGUAUGGUAAGAAUGCCCUUUACUGCAAUCGUGGGAAAACAAGAUUUGCAGAUGACGUUUAGAACUAAAUGUAAACAGAAAUCGAUCAUAUGACCUCUAUGGUGUUUUUGCAAUAACCGCGGAUCUACCUUUCCAAUCAUGAUAGUUUUACAGUUUUUCUUCAUUGGAUUUCUUGUCAAAACAUUCUAUAAAAUUCUGUUUACUUUUGGAUUACGUCAAAAUGGAAUGGGUUUCUGGAUAUCAGCACUUCGAAUGCUGCAGAAUACAUUAGAAUCAUAUGGAAACAAGGCUGGAAUUAAUUUGUGAUUCAAAACGAUUCACGAAAUAUUUUUGCAAGGAUUUUAGGUACCUCUGAUGAACAAUUUUGUCGGUACUUAGGAACAUCGCUCUGUCAGUCCUUGAUAUCACUCCAAUACAUUUCUCACUGCAGCUUACAAUGCAUACCACAGAUGGUAUAGAUACCUGGCUAAUCUAGUAUUUUAUGUCAAAAUGAUUCUUUGAAGCUAGAAAAUGGACCUUCAGACAAAUUCACGGAAAUGGCGUAGAAAGGCACAAUUGACACGUGACUAUUGGCACAUUGAAUCAUAAUAAUUAUCAUAUCAGUAGUUAGAUAUUUAGUGAAACAUUUGUUACAAAGUUUCUUUCAGUGGUCAACACUUCUUGCUAAAAAUUAACCACAUGCAUUAACAGACCCCUGUCUACAACAGACAAAUUUCCGGUUUUUGUAAGUCGCCCUUGAAAAUAGGCAAGUUACUCGGAAAUGGGGCUGCUAGCCUAGUUUGGGUUUUGUUUUUGUGUUAAAAGGCUGCUCAUUUUCAUAAAUCAAGUCAAAAAUAUAACACUCUAAUAUAACAUUAUCAGUUCAAACAAUAUUUAUAAACUUUGUUGCAAGGAUGCUAGUGCAAAUUGGGUCAUCUUCCUUUCUGCCACAUAAGACAGUGCCUAGAUGUCGACCUCCCUUCGAAAAACAAGCCUGUGAUAAAUUUCAAUGCUCAAGCCAGAAAAUAAAAAAUUUGCAUAAACGUUAGAAAACUACCUGCAAUUACGUAGGCAAGCAAAGAGCAAGAAAUAAGCUUUACGAAUACUGCCCCCAAAAGCCCAUAUUGUUUACCCCAUGGCUGCUAAUACGUGGACUUCCAGUUAAAGCAGAUUUAUAAAAUAGCAAAUCAACCAAUUGUGGUUACCUAAUCUAUUUUCUUCACCACAUCUUUUUGGUAGAAUAGAAUUUUGUGGAUGAAUCGAGCAAGUCUAUUUCUGUAUAAGCUAAAUAGUGUAUUUUCACAGCCAGUCUUUAAGAAUGAAUGCAAAUUUUAGGCACAUUUUAUCAAGCCACGCCAACUCUGGGGUUCCAGAGCAGCUUGAUUCCCCUUUCUCGACAGCACAGUCAAGAAAAGAUUUAUGUAUGUAUGUAUCAGGUUCUGUUGACUUCUAAGCAACUAUUGAACGCGUUUCUUCAUCACCCCACCUCUUAGUAUUAGUUCAGCUUUGUUUUAGACCAGCACAUGUUCUACGUGCGCUAGUUUUGACAUGACAUUAAUAAAAACAAUUCUGCAAAAACCUUCAGCUAUUUCCUGUUUGUUAGCCAGAAAAUAGGAGUCAAUAUAUUAAAACAAAUGCAAGCGUCAAAUAGAUUUGUUCUUCAUAAAGCUGACAGAAUUUUUUUUGUUCAGUGACUGGUUAGAAGUCAUUUAGCAGAAUGGAAUUUUCAUUUAUAAAGACAUACGGAAUAGUUUAUCCCUUGGUUAAUAGAAAAAUCCUUAACAGUUUAUUUUCAAUAGCCAUUAUAAUCUAUACAACCAAACAUGGAUUAAUAUAGCUAGCCGUCAGACGAAAGCAUAACAUGAUGGUUAUAAACAUUGUCAAAGCAUGGAUGGAAAACAUGUUUAUACAUACGUGCGUAAGAGCCCUACGAAGGUUGCUCAGGACCAAGCCCUUGCGACAAAGAUAUUUUCCUGAGGUUCUACAUAUCAUGAGAAACAGGUUGCAUUUCGCAUUAUUGGGUUUCCGUCGUCGCCAUACCUAAUGACAUGUUUCCUACAAUUAAGGCCAGGAAGGUUACCUUGAGGUCUUUCAGAAAUUUUACCUCAACAUUCCCAAAUAUUUUCAGUGUAGACGUGCUGGUUGUGUACCAGUGUAGACGUGCUGGUUGUAGAUGUGCUGGCUUCUCUGUGACGACUUCUUCUAAAACGCCUGCUAGUUUCAAGAUUCUCAACAGCCAUUUUGGCUUGACUUUUCUCUUAUGAUCGCACUUUUCAACGACACUCGAUCUAUGUACAAAUUACAAGCAAAUUGAUUAUUACAAUAAUUAAUUGUCUAGAGUAGAGACUACAAGCUUUUAUAUAAGGACAACUUUUUAAAAAUAAUAAUGAGAUUUGCCCAAAAUAUAAGAACAAUGUAAGAAACAAAGCAGGCUCCAGGAAUAAAAAAGCAGCAAAUUUGAAAAAUGAAUGAAUAGGAACAGAAAAAACAGAAAGCGAUAAGCAAAUUGCAUUAGUAACUUCAUCAAGCACAGGUUAUGUCCGGACACUUCUAUGCACGGGAAGUUUCAUUACAGAAAUAAGAAACAAAAUAUGAAACAGGUGAGGCUGAAAUUUGCGAAAAAAAUAAGAAACGCCAAGCUGAAACUGUAACCAAGCGUUUUUAUACAAAAAGUGUCUACGAAUUGUGCAAAUGCUCUGGAUGACAUUUGAAAUUACAAGAAUGCAUAUCAAAUCAAAUCCUUGCCUAAUUGCAAAGCUAGAAAACAGAACUUCAAGUAUCAAAAUAAUCACAAAUAUAACAAAUAAUGAUACGAGAAUAUGCAAGAAACUCAUUCGAACGGGUAAGGCCACGCCUCAUAGUCCGCGAUCUUUCAUCUUUUGAGUUCAACUAAAAGUUGCCUAUGAAGCUUGAAAAUAGUAAAAAGAUUGAGAAUGACGUAUGCUUGCUUAGCAGAAGAAUUCCUCUCUUAGGACUGCAAAUUCAUUAACCAUAAAAGGUUUGAAAUAAGUUGCAAAGCGCUCUCGUGUAUCUUUAUAUAAAUUUCUAUAGACAUGUUGCAAUGUAAAUACGACAUAUUGUGAAUCCAAUGUAAAUCCAAGCUUCUAUUCUUAGUAAAAAAGGUAUGAAAAAAUAUUAUAAGUUAGUAAAACAGGAAGUUAAAAAUUGUAGAACAUCAAAGGCCAUGUGGCUGGUUGUUAUGAUUGCUGGUUGUUGUUGUAAAGAUAAAUAAACUCAACCUUUGCUUAGUAGAUGCUACCUGAAUUUGAUUUUGCGUCUAUAAGCAGUCAACUAACAGGUAUAGCACACUGUAAAUGCUCUAAAGUCAGUUUCAUUUUUAACCGCGGCGCUAACCAGAUCAUAUUGACCAUGCAAUGAGCUCUUAAAUGCCCGUAGCCUGCUAUUCUCUCUGACGUUACCCUACUCAUUUCUAAUGAGCCCCCCCACGAUCUUACAAGAAAAGUAAAUAAAAAAAUGCUGUCCUCCAAUUUUUCUCUAUAAAUUUUCGUGAUGUAUGUUUUUAUUAGAUUUUGUUUUAAGUUGAUAUUGAAUUGCCCCGACUUUAAAGGCAAUCUGUCAUGACGUUGAUUGAUUAUAAGAACAAAGGGAUUUUUUAUUGUUUCCAGUCCCCCUUUAAUUUAUCGCAUUGUAAAAAAUAUGGCGGAGCGCUGGAAUUGUGUUUAGGCUAUUGUUCCAGCUAUUGUUCUCGUUAACCAAUCCACAACGAGAUAGAUUGCCUUUAAGCCAAAUUUCAAUGGUAUGAGUUUGCCCCAGACUUUUCAAGAACUUGCUUUGAUUUUUUUGAAACAUGACUUUUUUGUGCUAUUUGACUGAAAUAUCAACUUGCCUUUUAAAAAAGAAUUUUUCAUUUUCCACGAUGUCGUAGUUUAGAAUACUUUUGGGCACUAUUCGUUGAUAAAUUUGAACAGCACACAUUGAUUCAACGAAAAUUAUAGAAUCUAUAAACGUUUUGAAGGUGGCAGGUCAAUUUGAAGGUGGCAGGUCAAUUGUGGCACAGGUCUUACCAAUAUAAACUACCGAGUAUUUUUUAAAGCAGCUCUUUUGCGAGCAGUUUUUCAUUGUGGAUUCGUGUAAAUCAUCGAGUCAAUCGCACUACCUAGUAACGCUUUAUGAAACGUCAUAAAUCUUAAUGCGCUAAUACUUCAAUUAGUGUGGUUCUGGGUGUACUCCCUCGUAAAUAGCUGCUGAAAGAGGCGGUAGUCUUGUUAAGUGUUGCUUAUACCACAGAAUUACCUUCAGGACUAAGUCAGCGCCAUUUCUUGCUGCGCCUUGGUGCACGCAUUUUUUCAAGAAAAUAAGCUCAGGACAGUUUCACCGUUUCUUAAUUUUUUGCUGCGUUUAUGAUUACACUCUAUUUUUUGAUUAGAACCAGUAAAUUUAAGUUCAGGCUGACUGUUCUUAAUUUUUUCGAAAAUCUGAGGCUGGAUUGUUCUUCAUUUGUUCUUAAAUUAAGAGGGUGUAAGCAGUGCUAUUGCUAGCUUUAUCGCUCUAAGGAUGUGUUCAGGCCUCAUUUGCCAACAAAGUGAGUGAGACAGCCUUAAUUUGCUGACAAAUUUGAAUAUUCACCGAAAAAGCACCCACACAUCGCUAAAAAUCCUCGAUU